UCACGUGACGACCCAAAAGACACAGAAGACUACCGCAGGGAGUUAUGGGUAUUCUGUGACGUUUAUUAAACAAGUUACCCUUUUCACUCUCGGUUGAUGCUUGUCUGGUGGGGAACUCUUCAGCUGUUAGACAGGACUACAUCAAAAGAGUAUCAAUUGUGAAUUUGCUCCUCAAGAUGGGAGCGUUGGUUUCUCGUUGGAGGAGCAAGCCAACAACUGUGGAGGUAUUGGAGAGGCUUGAUAAGGAUAUACAAACCCUUGAGGAGCACAGGGAAAAGAAUCAGAAACAGUUGAAGUUAUGGGUCUACAGAUUACUUCUAUAUUCAACCCUUCUGUACUUGUUUGCCUGUGUGGUUGUUUAUAUGUGGUACAUCCCUCAACAACUAAUGGGGAAAAUGAUAUUGGUGACAUCCUUUUUAAUAUUUCCACUGCUUGUAUGGCUUCUGAGAAAACUGUUAAUUAUGUUGUAUUCAAGAAGGACAGAAAGAAAUGUUGAAAAAUUUGAAGAAUUGAAAGCUGAAAAAAAGAAAAUACUUGAGCAGGUGAUGGAGACAGAAACCUACAAAAAUGCCAAAUUGAUACUAGAGCGGUUCGAUCCAGAUUCUAAGCAAAAGAUCGAGCUGGAUGCUACACCCAUUGGACCUCCUGUAAGUCCUCGGCAAGGUCAAGAGCUUCGUCAGAGGCAUGUGACUCCUCGCCCUCCUGUUCCUGUGACUCCAAACCUAGCAGUAGCAGCACGUCCUCCUCCUGGCCCAACUGCCCCUCCUGCCCUGAUCUCAGCCCCUGGUGGUCCUCCGGAGAGGAACCUGUCUACUUCUGCCCAGCACCAUAACCUGCUGAGGAGAAUUGCCACCCCUACAGGCUCCCCAGCCCUUGGUGUGGGAAUGCAUCCUCCAGGCCCACCCCUGGCACGGCCUGUCCUCCCUCGAGACAGAGGAGCUUUGGACAAGCUUAUUGAGUACCUAGUAGGUGAUGGGCCUCAAAAUAGAUAUGCUCUAAUAUGCCAGCAGUGUCUAUCACAUAACGGCAUGGCAUUAAAGGAGGAAUUUGAAUAUGUUGCAUUCAGAUGUGCUUAUUGCUACUACCUGAAUCCUGCCCGGAAGACACGCCCCCAGGCUCCACAUCUUCCUGAAUUUAGUGAAGGCAAGACAAGCCUAGCACCAUCUGCUGUUGCCUUGGAGACAGACCAAGGUGCACCCACUUCUUCCCCAGAGGAUAAAUCUGAGUCCUUUGGCCCUGUAGAGGAGGAGAAAUCGAGUGAGCAUCAGGUGGAAAACCAAACCGAGCAACCAGGACCUCAAGAACCAGCCACCACUCUCCCAGACCUCGCUGAAAAAUCAGACAAUGAACAAGAUGUCUCUGCUAUGGAUGUGGAAUAAAGAAUAUCUACAAACUUAGCCAGCCUCUCUGGAAAGGUGUGCAUUAUGUAACGCAUGUUUAAUAUAUUUGGGAGUACUUAGAAUGUUUAUAACUUUGGUUUAGACUAGUUUAAGUAUACUUUUCUUAUUCAUUUCUUCUUCUUUUUUUUUUAAACUGUAAUAAUCUAUAUUAAUAAUAUAUUUUUUGUUUUAUGUUGAAGUAAAAUGAAUUUGCAACAUUUUGAAAGUUUACAUGUCUUUAGUUUAGAAUGCACUUCCAUCUGUCAUGAAUUCACAGAGCAGUUCAUCUCUCUAAUGAGAAUAACUCCUCAAUAAGAGUCUUUUUUCAGAAGGAAAAUUCAUGUGUACUGUUUGACAGAAUGUAUUUAAUUUGUUUUUCCAGCAUGUACAAUAAUGCAAAAUGUCUGUUCUUUUCUGAGAAAUGUUUGAUGUUUACACCUUUUAUUACAGUGCCUUUUUUGAAGGUAUUCAGUAGGUUUAUAGUUUUCUACGUGCCUGCAGUGAGAUGGGUUUCAUGUUUACACAGAUUAAGCUCAUCAUUAAAAAAAAAAUCCACAGCUGUUUAUUUAAUUAUAGAAUCUGAACAUAGAGCAGUAUUAUAUAUGUAUGUGCCUUUCUAUUUAAGAUUUCUGUAAAGAAUAAAUAGGAACUAUUUAAUUACUACAUAUGGGGUUUUUAUGCCCUGCUUUUUCCUCAAAUAAAAUUAUUUUUUAAAUAUA